CCCGAGUAUCACGCAUGCGCGCAGCACACGAGGCCUUGAAAAUGUCGGUUGCAGGUUAAAAACGAGAAGGAAUUUGUCGUGGGGAUCUCAAACUGAAAACGCCAGUUUUGCUGACUCUGUCUGGAUAUUUAAGAAGUGGAGCGAGGGAUUCUAUCGACUAUCCUUCCUGCUCAGACUGUGGAGAGGGAUUCAAUUGAUCAUUUGACCAAAUAGCAAGCCAGUCAUCUUACACAGGAGAAAGGCUGUUCACCUGCUCAGACAGUGGGAGUAGAUUCACUCAGUUAUCACAAUUAAAGGUGCAUCAGCAAGUUCACACUGGGCAAGGCCAUUCAUCUGUUCUGUGUGUGAGAAAGGAUUCAGUUGGACCUGUGGACACACCAGUCAGUUCACACCACACCUGGUAGAGGCUGGUGAUCUGCUGAAUUUCUGGGAAAGGAUUCACUCAGUCAUUUGACCUUAUGGCUCACCAGCGAGUUCACACUGGGGAGAAGCCAUUCACCUGUUCAGUCUGUGGGAAGGGAUUCACUCAGUCAUCCAACCUACGGAGUCCCCAGCGAGUUCACACUGGGGAGAGGCCGUUCACCUGUUCAGAAUGUGAGAAGAGAUUCACUCAGUCAUCCAACCUACGGAGUCCCCAGCGAGUUCACACUGGAGAGAGGCGCUUCACCUGCUCAGUCUGUGGGAAGAGAUUCACUCAUUCAUCCGCCCUACAGAGACAUCAGCGAGCUCACACUGGGGAGAAGCCAUUCACCUGCUCAGUCUGUGCGAAGGGAUUCACUCGGUCAUCCAACCUACUGGUACAUCAGCGAGUUCACACUGGGGAGAAGCCAUUCACCUGCUCAGAAUGUGGGAAAGGAUUCAGUGAGUUAUCCAACCUACUGGUACAUCAGCGAGUUCACUCUGGGGAGAAGCCAUUCACCUGCUCAGUCUGUGCGAAGGGAUUCAGUCGGUCAUCCAGCCUAAGGAGACAUCAGCGAGUUCAUACUGGGGAGAAGCCAUUCACAUGCUCAGAAUGUGGUAAAGGAUUCAGUGAGUUAUCCAACCUACUGGUACAUCAGCGAGUUCACACUGGAGAGAAGCCAUUCACCUGCUCAGAAUGUGGGAAAGGAUUCAGUGCUUUAUCCAGCCAACUGAGACAUCAGCGAGUUCACACUGGGGAGAAGCCAUUCACAUGCUCAGAAUGUGGGAAAGGAUUCAGUGAGUUAUCCAGCCUACUGAGACAUCAGCGAGUUCACACUGGGGAGAAGCCGUUCACCUGCUCAGAAUGUGGGAAAGGAUUCAGUGAGUUAUCCACCCUACAGAAACAUCAGCGACUUCACACUGGGGAGAAGCCGUUCACCUGUUCAGAAUGCGGGAAGAGAUUCACUCAGUCAUCCCACCUACAGAGUCAUCUGCCAGUUCACACUGGGGAGAGGCCAUUCACCUGCUCAGACUGUGGGAAAGGAUUCACUCUGAUAUCCCGCCUACAGAGACAUCAGCGAGUUCACACGGGGGAGAAGCCGUUCAACUGCUCAGUCUGUGGGAAGGGAUUCACCCAGUCAUCCGACCUGCGGAGUCACCAGCGUGUUCACACUGGGGAGAAGCCAUUCACCUGCUCAGACUGUGGGAAGAGAUUCACUGUGUCAUCCCACCUACAGAGUCAUCAGCGAAUUCACACUGGGGUGAAGCCGUUCACCUGUUCAGAAUGUGGGAAGGGAUUCACUCAGUCAUCCAACCUACGGAGUCAUCAGCGAGUUCACACUGGAGAGAGGCCAUUCACCUGCUCAGAAUGUGGGAAGAGAUUCACUCAUUCAUCCGCCCUACAGAGUCACCAGCGAGCUCACACUGGGGAGAAGCCGUUCAUCUGCUCAGAAUGUGGGAAGAGAUUCACUCAUUCAUCCGCCCUACAGAGACACCAGCGAGCUCACACUGGGGAGAAGCCGUUCAUCUGCUCAGAAUGUGGGAAGGGAUUCACUGAGUCAUCCUACCUACAGAGACAUGAGAGUGUUCACACCGGUGAAAAGCCGUUCAAUUGCACAGAAUGUGGGAAACGGUUCACUCUGUCAUCCAACCUUCUGAAACACCAGCGAGCUCACACUGGGGAGAAGCCGUUCAUCUACUCAGAAUGUGGGAAGAGAUUCACUCAUUCAUCCGCCCUACAGAAACACCAGCGAGCUCACACUGGGGAGAAGCCGUUCCUCUGCUCAGAAUGUGGGAAGAGAUUCACUCGCUCAUCCGACCUGCAGAGUCAUCAGCGAGUUCACACUGGAGAGAAGCCAUUCCCCUGCUCAGAAUGUGGGAAGAGGUUCAGUCACUCACGCUCCCUGCAGAGACACCAGUCAGUUCACACUGGGGAGAAGCCGUUCAUCUGCUUAGUCUGUGGGAAGAGAUUCACUGAGUCAUCCAGAUUACUGGAACAUCAGCGAGUUCACACUGGGGAGAAGCCGUUCAUCUGCUUAGUCUGUGGGAAGAGAUUCAAUAACUCAUCCAGAUUGCUGGAACAUCAGCGAGCUCACACUGGAGAGAGGCCAUUCACCUGCUCAGAAUGUGGGAAGAGAUUCACUCACUCUUCCACACUACAGAGACAUCAGCGAGUUCACACUGGAGAGGAGCCAUUUACCUGCUGAGAAUGUGGGAUAGGAUUCACUCAGUCAUUCCAACUACUGGCACACCAGUCAGUUGAUAUGAAUCCCUAGGUUUUGUUUGCUGUGGACUGUCAUUUUAAGAGAGAGAGAUUAGGAAGUUUAAUCAGUCUGACUUGCAGCUUGUUUACAUCACUCACAGCUUGUUUAGUUUUAACUGAGGACACAGACACUCAGAGUCAGACGGAGAUGAAGGAGGAAAAAUGGAAAGAUCGAUACAAGGGAAAUAGGUGCCAAGGGUCACUGUUUGGAAUUUUCCUAUGCCCGCAAGUGUGGGUUAAUUAUCGAUUCAUCAUACAUCGAAUGUGUGGUUGUCACCUCGUUUGAUCCAUAGGAGUGGAUCUGAUUUGGGGUAUCAUGUGAAGACCACCGAUGUGUUAACCCUUGCCUGGGUGUGGUGUGGUAAUUCACUUGAAGACGAUACGCCUUGUGACAAGUCACUUUGGGUGAUAAUUAUUAUGUGGAUUUGGAAGGAUGACAGAUAAUAUCUACAGUGACUGUUCUCUUGUUUUACCACCAUGGAACCUGUGGAAAUCGACAUAAUUGCCUUCUCUCGACAUUUACCCUGGAUUACAUAUAUCUCUCUCAUCACCUAUUCUGUGGUUGAACUGAACUUUCAUACUUUACCAUCUCAAGACUCCAAGCCUUGUUCUCCCCAAGCUCAAUAGUUUUGGAUUUAUAUUUACACACAUAUAUACACAUAACACUGUUAACUUUUGUUUAUCUUGCUUAAGUUACUACAUUAUAAGUCGAUUCUAAUAAAGAUAGUUUUAAGAUCAAAAACAGACUCCUGGUGUAGUCUCCACGAGGAAAUCUGCAGAUGCUUGGAAGUCAAACACACACAAAAUG